CGCUUUUGUUUUGGGAUUUGAAUUUUAUCAUUUAUCGUAUCAUAAAUUGAAAUAUUUUAAUUAUAUAUACAAUAUACAUAAUAUCUAGAAAUGUAUACUAAUUGAAAUGUAAUUUAUUUAGAAUUUAUACAGUAAAAAUGGAAGAUGUGCCUUGCCUGAUAACCUGUAAGCCGUUGAAAACAGAGUUUGUAAAUUUGAAAAAAAUUCGUCUUACAUCAACUGAAUUCACUUUGGGAAGAUCUCUUAGCAACGAUGCAGUCAUUCCAUUUCUUGCUAUCUCAAGAAGCCACUGCAUGAUACAAAGUGUAGAUGAUGUAUGGAUCAUUCAUGAUCUCAGCACUCUUGGUAUUGAAAUAAAUGGUGUCACAUUAGGCAAGGGCAAAAGCAAAAAACUUGAAAAUGGUGACAUAAUAAGCAUGGAACCUUCGAAGGAGUUUGUUUACAAAUUUGUACACGAAGAAACCCCAUCAGAUUGUCCAAGAAAAAGGAAGAAAUUGUUGCCAGAAGAGGACAUGAUAAAUGAUGUGAAAAUAAAAUUUGAACAAUCUCAAGAUUUCGCUAUGAAAAAUUUAGAAGUUCAAAUUCAGAAUGCAAAACAUAUACAAACAAGUAACAUUCUUCUAAAGGAGCAGCUGGAAUCAAAUAUGAAGAAAAAAAUUUGUCAAGUUGAAGAAAAGUUUGCUGUGCAAAUAGAAAAUUUAAAAGGCGAGAAGUUUGAUGUUGAACAACAAAAGGCCCAAUUGGAAAAAGAAAAAAACAUUGAACUAGAAGAAUUGAGGAAAGAUAUGGGUGGCAGAAUAGAAGAACUCAUGGAACAAAUAGAAAAGCACAAUCAAAUAGAAACAGAGCUACUAUCAGAAAAUAAUCAACUUAAGGAAAAAUUAUUGAGGGAGAGAGAAGAAUUUUUGGCUGAACUAAACAGGGAGAACAUCUCAAAACAUGAUUUAUUAAAUAAGUUAGAUAUAAAGAUCAAGGAGCAGGAGGAGAGAUUACAAGAGAAACAAGAGAUUGAACACAAACUAAGACUUGAAACAGAACAACUAAGAGAAGCUAAGGAAAAGGAAUUACAUGAAUUAAAUGAGGCCAAACUCAAAAGAGAAGAAGAGUUAAUGUGUCAGCUGAAUGAACUGAAAAAGAACCUCACAGAACAAGUGUUCAAGACGGAACAGGAGAAACAACAAGCGGAACAACAGCUGACAGAGCAGAUUGAAAAGAUGAAGAAAAUUAACGAGGAGGAGAAAAUGAGAGUAGAACAACUUAUGAAAGAAAGAGAGGAGAUGCAAAAACAAUUGAAUGAAGCCCCACAAAAGUCACAACAACAACUGGAAGAGUUGCAGGCGCGCGUGGCGGCGCGCGAGGUGGAGCUAGCGGCGCUGGCGGCGGAGCGGAUACAGCAGCAGGCCGACCAGUCCGGGGAGGUCAUCAAGGCGCUGCAGGACCAACUCGAGAAGGUUAAGAGCCAGCUACAGAGCGUGGAAAACGAAAAGAAGAUUCUCGAAACGGCGUCCACGAGCGAUGAGCUGGCCGGUGCGGGCGCCGCCGCGUUAGUUGAGUUUGGCGAGAUGAUGGAGAGCGAGUUGCAGUGCAGCGUCUGCGCAGAGCUGUUCGUAGCGGCCACUACGCUCAACUGUUCCCAUACUUUCUGCAAGUACUGCAUCAAUAAGUGGACGAAGAAGAAGAACGACUGUCCCGUGUGCAGAGCGAUGAUAACGUCGAAAUGUAGAAGUUUGGUGUUAGACUCCUUCAUAGAGAAAGCCGUACAAAAUCUCUCCGAAGAUAUGAAGAAAAAACGAGAGGAACUGCUAAAAAGCCGAGAAGCGGAGGAGGCGGCUGGUAUGAGGCCUCCGACGGCACCGGCUCGGAGGACGACGAACUCGAGGAGGAGGAGGUCGACGAGGAACACUACUACGACGACUACGACGACUACGACAACUACGACGACUACGACGAAUCCGACGAGUUUGACAACCGCGCCGAGAACGAGUUCGAGUACUACGAGUACCACGAACCAGAGGAGCAUGACUCAUCAGAUUCCUUACAUGACUUUUCCGACGGUGGACCUGACUUCCUCCUUUAGCGCGCCGAUCCAACAAAUUCAGGGCGACGAGCCGCUACACCUGAUAAUAGUUUCGGACAACAUGGACGCGCUGCUCGCCGGCGACGUCAUCACGAUACAGGACACCUCGCGCUGAACACAACUUGCAUUAUUGUGUUAUUGUAAAUAUAUUUACAUUGAUUAUUAUUAUUG